AUGGGGCAGAUGACGGCGGCGGCCCAGGGGGAGGUGCAGCUCCGUAGGAAACGUGGCUUGGUGGGACAAUGUUCUGCUGCUGCGUCUGCUGAGGAUAGGCUGGUGGUUGCGUCCAAGAACUCGCAUUUUGAAUUCAUCGCACGAAAACCUGCCAUCGCGAGUGACGUCUGCUUGUUCCCAUAUAUUCGAGAGCACGUGUUUGUGUAG